AAGAAUAUCUGAAUGAUCAUCAGUGUAUAGAUGUCCUGUCUUGUUUUUCCUGCCUAAGGAAUCAUACUACAGAAGCAUAUAUUCUUGUGAAGAAAAGAUAAUAAUAAUAAAAACCAGGAAGAGGAUAAAUUUGAUGCCAAAGUCAAAAAAGUUGGAUUCUUUGUUCUGUUGUCACCUUUUUUCACCUUUUCUUCCACAUUCUUCCACUUUACCAACAGUUCAAAUUGCUUUCAGAAGUUUUACUUUCUCCAUAGCAGAAGCUUGAUCUCUAAGAACAAAAGGGAAUGAUGAUUUUGAAGAAAGUUCAUCUUGGUUUUGCGUUGUUUGUGUUACUUACAACCCUGCCAACAUCCAUAUCUCAAAAAACGACUGAUAUUAGCUAUUGCGGGAAAAUAAGGAUUCAAAAUCAGUUCUUUUUCCAACAAAAUUCAACAAAGUUAGCCCCUUUGAAUCACAUGCUUCUUUGCAAAUCUCAGAAAUUGUACUACAGAACAACUCUUGGUCUUUUCCAGGUUUCUUCAGUUGAUUAUGCGAGUAAACUGCUUACUGUUUCACACAGCUUUUGGUCAUCAACUUCUCAGUUUAUAUCUCCUAGAGUUCUGUCAGCUGGAUUUCCUCAUCCUCCUCAACCUAACUCAUUAGUCCUCCUGAACUGCUCAACCCGAAAAACUAUCCCUCAAUCCGUGUUUUUGAGUAACUGUACUGGAUUUAAUGGUUUUGAUAGAGCUCCUAAUCUUACAGAAGGGUUUUCAAAAUGCUUAGUAAUUGAGGAUGUACAAAAGUUGGAUUCAGAUUUUCAUCCCAGAGAAUUGAACUGCACACACUACAGCAGGAUUUACCGAAAGGCGGUCUCCUUGGCCACAGAUGACAACAGAAACAUGGGAUAUGAGUUGGGAACAAGAAUAUCUUUUGAUAUCCCUGACCAUGUCCCUGACCCUUGUGCGGAAUGCAAAAAGCCUGAUGGAAAUUGUGGAGCUGGAUUGAGAUGCAUUUGCCAUCCCAUUCAAUGCAAGGAUAAGGUCAUUUCGAAUGGUGCAAUCUUGAACCCUCUCAGCAAUAUGCUUUUAUCUUUUCUUUGCUUUGCCACAGUGCUGCUCUCAUUCAACAACUCUUGAGGUAGCACAAUGGUAUAUAACACUGGAAAUUGUGAUGCUGAUUCAUUAAACUUUAGAAUGACAUCAGGUUUGCAACUUCUUACAUGUUUCCUAGGACAGUAAAAGAAAACUCAGAAGGAGUGUAAAAAGACUUGAGAAUUACUAUUUAGUAUUUUAGGACAGCUGCUCGAAUUGUUGUUUUCUGUUCAGGAAUUCAUGUGUCCUUUCCUUUGUCUCCUUUGUUCAGAACUUUAUUCCUUACUGCCUCUGUUUGUGCAUGCAUCUAUGAUCUUUCAUCAUUGACAGAGUUCCUACGUUCUAAAUUUCUCCACUUCUAUUCAUCGACCCCAUCGCGAAAUAUGAAGACAAAAUCGAUAUCAUAAUGGCGGAGGACUCUAGAGUUCAUUCCUCGGAUUCCUCUACUGUUAGAUAGUACUACUUCCUAUCAUGAAUCAUGUAAUAGUAACCUGUGGAGAAUCAAAUUUAAUUUGCAUUAACUUUGAUAUUACGUUACCGAAUUCAAGACAAUCAUCACUAGUUGGUCUUAAUCUUCCUUCAUUUUUUUUUUUUUUGAGAAAGUAAUCCUCCUUCAUGACUAUGUACAGAUUAUGAAGCUGCUGUUGAGCAGAGGUCUUGCGGAAUAUGAACAACAGAGAUGAUGAUUUCACCGCCUUGAUCAUCUUGAAAGCUCUGAGGUGGUUCUGCAUCCAAAGGCAUAAGUAGUAGUAGUAGUUCUGAUCCUGAUUCAACAUCCAUUUCUGAACAUGUGUUGUUUCCUCCUCUUGAAUCACCAUCCUCAUCAUUUUGUCCAUGAAAAUACUGAAGAGAAAGAAAGGUUGUAAAACUGACUUUUGCCAGAAUGGUUAUGAGUAGGAAAUAGACCAUGGAUAUCAUGGUGAUUCUUAAUUCUGUUUCUUUUUCCUCUGAAAUCAAUGAAAUCCCAUGUUGUGUACACAGAUAUAGAUUUGCAGAGAAGUACAACUGAAAUUUGUGGCAGUUUUUCUGUUUUUAGCCUAUUUAUAAAGCCAAAAGAAAAAAAGAUCAUUAGAUUCGAACUCUCAACAUUUGUAUAUUUAUGGACACAUAAGACGUUAUGGCUGCAAAUCUAUAACUAUAUGUUAAAUGUCAGCGGAGAUUACUUCUGAUUGUAAUUCAGUUGAGUAGAUUUAUGGA